UUAGUAGAUUGCGAGCAGCCUGUUAAGAUGAACGCAAAAGAUCAGACUAUUAAAAGAAAAUUAACUAAAACUCGCAAUGACAUAAAACGUAAACUUGCGGCUCUUAAAAGGGGCGAAACCGAGACUUUCAGAUUAGUAGAAGAGACUUAUAAGCCUAUAGUUGACCCAUUGAAGGCACUAGCUAAGCACGAGUUGAAAAAACCAGAAUUAAUUCCAAAAAUUGAAAAAAAAAUUGAAUAUGAAUCAACUCCAAUGCGAGAACAAUUUACAACGCCUCGCCGUGCUGAAAAUACCGCAAUUACUACACCAUCUAAUUUUCCGCCUGAUAUUAGUGAAAUAGCGCUUAACGAAGAAAAAGAAGACAGUGAACCGGAGGAAACUUCGAUUAGCAACUUAUCACAGCAGCUACAUUUUCUAGACGAAUACCAUCAUUUACCUCGUCAAUAUAUCGAACGGUUGAUUAGGGAUACAACAGGAGACACUGAUAACGUUUAUGGUCUUCGAUAUGACCCCGGAUCCAAUGAGUGGGUUAUUGGAGACUCUACAGUAGCGUUUGAAGGUCAAGAUAUUUCCAUAAAAGAUACCCUUUAUACUGGUACUCCAGGGCUAUAUGAAUUGCUUGUAUUGAAGAAGCCAAAAUCAUACUCCUUCAAGGAUCGUCAGUUGUAUAAAGAUAUUUUAUUAGCUACUAACGCAUACAAACGGAACUAUGACCCUCGUCAACAAAUGAUGGGCACCAAGUCAUACAAAUACGUUAAUAUUAUUAAACCGUUACUAUCAGAGCAUUUUGGAGCGGGUAUGAUGAAAGAGGUUAACGAUAAACUAAAGGAGUAUGUGUAUUGGAAUACUCCUCACGAACUAGUCGAACGUCUCAGAUUGUUACACGCAUCGCAAGCGGCCGGUCAUACCGGACACAACAACGAGAUUUUAAGCAUUGAAGAAGAGCUCCGAGAAGAAGGUAUAAUCGCCUAGCCUGAAAAUGAGCGUUGACAAGUUUG